AUGCAACAAAAAGUAUUAUAAUAUUAAUUAGUUGUAGAUUCCAGAGUAUUAAUAAAAUAAUUUAUUGGAUUAGAAAUUAAUCCUGUUACGUAUUCUGAGUAUUUAGUUAUUAGUUAAACAGGUUAAAACUUCCUUAAAGGAGCUAAUAUCUAUUAUUCAAUUUGGAAUAACAAAUAGAGAAUCUUUGGAGGACCAUUUAUAUGGGCGUAGGCUAGAUUUUCAAGAACAUUCAAUAUUAUUGAUCCUUAUCAUAGUUUGUCUAUAGCUUUUAUUGUUGUUUUUGGUCCUUAAUUUCAGGAAGAUGGUAAAUUUUUAUCUUGGAUUGACGACACUCUUAUUAAAGAAUUGACAAAAUCUAAUACAUCAAAAAUAAUAUUCGAAUAGCACUAACAUUCUUUAACUACUCUCAAAAUAGAUUGGGAAUGUUAAGGUCUUAAUAAUGAACCUAUAGAAGCUUAUUGUGGAUUUUAUCAGUUUUAUAUUACUGUUCAUUAUUGUAGGACUGAUUGUCAAGCUUGUAAAAAUGAAAUAGAUUGA